UGCGUUUGUUCUAGAAAUGAAAUGAAAUAAUUUUUCGAAUAAUAAUAAUUCUUAAGUCAGACAAUAUUUAUGUUCAUGAAGCCUGGUAUUUGUGCUUGCUGAAUUUUAGGAUACUUUCCAUACUCUGCAUACGUACAGAUUCUUUAUUAUUUCUGUUAUUGUCAUAUAUAAAUUUGCUGGGAUAUCGAAACGUCCAACAUGUCUCUUGAAAGUAUUCCAAAAGAAUUGCGAAAUCUUCGCGCUUGUCUGCUUUGUUCUAUGAUAAAAACUUUUGACCAAUUUGAGUAUGAUGGAUGUGAUAACUGUGAAGAAUAUUUGAAUAUGAAAGGAAAUAGAGAUAUGGUGGCUGAGUGCACAAGCUCUACUUUUGAUGGGAUGAUUGCGUUGAUGGGUGGAGAAGACAGCUGGGUUGCUAAAUGGCAAAGAAUAAGUCGUUACACUAAAGGAAUAUAUGCUAUAUCUGUCAGUGGUCGUUUACGCAAAGGAAUCAUCCGAGAACUGAAAAGUAGAGGAGUCAUUUACAGGUCCCGAGAUACCAGCACAGUGUAAAUUUUUCCACUGAAAUCAUGUAUGCGUGAAUUAUUUUUACUUGUAUAUAUGCUACUUUUUUUUCAACAUUAAAGAAAAAAUUCGCUAAUAA